CCACCCCCGGGCCGCGGCGGCGCCCCCUGGAGGCCGCGGCGGGCAGAGCGGGCGGAAGGAACCCGAGCCGAGCUGCCACCGUGUCCGAGCGGGAGCCGCCGCCGCAGCCGCCGCCGGAGUGUCGCGGGCCCGGAGUCCGCCUGGAACGCCCUUCUCACCGCCCGCCACGUCGCAGCGCCCGCCGGAGCCGCCUCGCCGCCCGCACACACCCGAAGCGGCCGGGCCGGGCCCGCCUCGGCCCUCUGCUCGUCCUCCCCGCCCCGCACCGGCCUUCACUCUGGAGCGGCCCCGGCAGCCGCAGCAGGGGCGGCGGCGGCGGAUCGAGGAGCUCUCCAGGUCGUCCCGGGAGAGGCUGCUGCAGUCCCGGGACAGGAUGUUCUCCAAGUUCACCUCCAUCCUGCAGCACGCCGUGGAGGCGCUUGCACCUUCUCUUCCUUUACAAGAAGAUUUUGUUUAUCACUGGAAGGCAAUUACCCAUUACUACAUAGAGACUUCGGAUGAUAAAGCCCCGGUGACAGAUACAAAUAUUCCAUCUCAUCUGGAACAGAUGUUGGUUAUCUUGAUACAAGAAGAAAGUGAACGGGAAUUUGGAGAGACGGGGCCAUGUAUGGAAUAUUUACUUCAUCACAAGAUCUUGGAAACAUUAUAUACCUUAGGGAAAGCUGAUUGUCCUCCGGGGAUGAAACAGCAGGUUUUGGUGUUCUAUACCAAACUUCUGGGGAAAAUCCGGCAGCCACUACUUCCACAUAUUAACGUGCAUAGGCCAGUGCAGAAAUUAAUUCGACUGUGUGGUGAAGUCCUUGCAACGCCAACAGAAAAUGAAGAAAUUCAGUUUCUCUGCAUUGUGUGUGCAAAGCUGAAACAAGAUCCCUACUUGGUUAAUUUUUUUCUGGAGAACAAGUUUAAAUCACUGGCUUCUAAAGGAGCACCAAACGCAACUUCAGAAGAUGUAUUAAAAGGUCAAGAUUCCUUGUCAACAGAUACAGGACAGUCCUGUCGGCCAGAGGAACCGUCUGGUGCUUCUGGAAUGGAGCACACGGAGUUAGAAGACGAGCCUCACGCUCAGAUGGAUGAUCUGUCCACAGGCUUGGACAACCUCAGCAUCGCUGCACUGCCAGAGGCCACAGUUGUUCGUCCAAACCAGGAUUACAACUUAGUGAAUUCUUUGUUAAAUCUUACUAGAAGUCCUGAUGGCCGAAUAGCUGUGAAAGCCUGCGAGGGCUUGAUGCUGUUAGUGAGUUUGCCAGAGCCAGCGGCCGUCAAGUGCCUCACGCAGAGCACCUGCUUGUGCGAACUGCUCACAGACAGGCUGGCCUCCCUGUACAAGGCCCUACCUCAGUCAGUGGACCCCUUAGAUAUUGAAACAGUGGAAGCAAUUAACUGGGGCUUGGACUCAUAUAGUCAUAAAGAAGAUGCUUCCGCAUUUCCAGGAAAACGAGCCUUAAUUUCAUUUCUCUCCUGGUUUGAUUAUUGUGAUCAACUCAUAAAGGAAGCACAAAAGACUGCUGCUGUUGCUCUUGCCAAAGCUGUUCAUGAAAGAUUUUUUAUUGGUGUUAUGGAACCUCAAUUAAUGCAAACUUCUGAGAUGGGUAUUCUGACAUCAACUGCUCUGCUUCAUCGCAUUGUUCGGCAAGUAACCUCUGACAUUUUGCUUCAAGAAAUGGUGUUUUUCAUCCUUGGAGAACAGAGGGAACCAGAAACUCUGGCAGAAAUCAGCAGACAUCCUUUAAGACAUAGGUUAAUUGAACAUUGUGAUCACAUAUCUGAUGAGAUAAGCAUAAUGACAUUAAGAAUGUUUGAACAUCUUUUGCAAAAACCCAGUGAGCACAUUCUUUACAACUUGGUCCUAAGAAAUCUUGAAGAAAGAAACUAUACAGAAUAUAAACCUGUGUGCCCAGAAGAUAAAGAUGUAGUGGAGAAUGGGUUAAUAGCAGGAGCAGUAGAUCUGGAAGAAGAUCCUUUGUUUACUGACAUUUCACCAGAUAACACUUUGUCAAACCAAGAGUGGCUUAGUUCUUCACCUCCUGCUUCUCCAGACCACCCCAAAAAUGAUGGGAAAACUGAAGUCCAUAAAAUUGUAAAUAGUUUCCUCUGUCUGGUACCGGAUGAAGCAAAAUCAUCCUACCAUGUUGAGGGCACUGGAUAUGACACCUACCUCCGAGAUGCUCAUAGGCAGUUCCGGGAUUACUGUGCUAUCUGCUUAAGAUGGGAGUGGCCUGGGUCUCCAAAAACAUUGGAAAAGUGCAAUUUAGAAGCAGCUUUCUUUGAAGGUCAUUUUUUGAAAGUUUUAUUUGACAGAAUGGGAAGAAUUCUUGAUCAGCCAUAUGAUGUCAAUUUACAAGUAACAUCAGUGCUAUCUAGACUUUCUCUCUUCCCUCAUCCACACAUACACGAGUACCUUUUGGACCCUUACGUGAACCUUGCUUCUGGCUGUAGAUCUCUCUUCUCUGUAAUCGUCAGGGUUGUUGGAGACCUCAUGGUUCGAAUCCAGCGUAUUCAAGAUUUUACUCCCAAGCUUCUAUUAGUCAGAAAGCGAUUACUUGGUCUGGAACCUGAAGGCCCUAUUAUCGAGCACAUCACGUUGCUGGAGGGUGUGAUUGUGCUGGAAGAGUUCUGUAAGGAGCUGGCGGCCAUCGCCUUUGUGAAAUACCAUGCUGCCUCCACACCAUAAACGGCAUCUUGCAAGUAACCAAGGGAACAGAACUGUUGUAUGCAUUUCAUCAAAAAAGCCUCAGUUCCACCCAGCCACAAGAGGAUAAAAAGCCUUUUUAAAUGAAGCAUUGCUGUAAACUGGACAGAACCAUUCAGAGCCCACUGAGUGGACACUCAGUGCAAUGUUGUGUGAUGUUGACUUUAUCGUAAUGGUUCUAGAUAUAAAGUUGCACAUCCUUGAGUCCAGGAUACAAUCAAAGGAACUUCAGGAAAUAAGCAUUUCUAAUGCCUGUGUGAAAAGCUGCAAAAUUUCUGAUGUCAUGACUUUGAUGAUAUUUCUGUUAAUUUAACAUCCUUUUAGGUAGCAAGGCAUUUUGACAUUCUCUGGGACUCAAAUGCUUAUAUUCUUUUGGAUUAAUAAGUAGCAGAAAAAAAAAACACCUAAUUUUAUAACUUUUUAAGGUCAAUUCUUAUCAAACAAAAUAUUGAAAAAAACUGUAAGUGAGAAAAAAAUACAAUUUAGGAACCAUCAAAUGAAUUAAUAAUAGAAGAUAAAAAUGUGUAGAGCACCAUUAACUUUCUUCAGCUUUUCUAAGAAAAACAAUUUAAUAUGAUAAUGAAAUUCUUGAUUAAUAUAAUAUAUAUUUUUUAAAGAAACCUUCUUUUACUCUCUUGUGCACAUAGCCUCGUUAGUGAUUGAUUUUCAUGUAUGGGUCCCAGUUUAUUUAAACUUUGUCAUUUUUGCAACAAUGUUGAAUAUGUGCCCACUGUUGGUAGUGUUUACUAAAAUAGUAUUUUUUAAGCUAAUUAACAUGUAUUGGGUUGAGACCCUUUUUUUUCUCUCUCUCCCUCCCUCUCUGAAAAUUGCUUUAUCAUUUGAUUUUCUUAUUGAAAUGCAUGGUAGCGUGUAGGUGGCAGCAAUCAAAAUGCCAAUGGCCCCCUGAAUGUUUACAUUUUUUUUUUUCCAUUUUGUUCAGUCUUUUGUUUUAAAUCAUUCUGAAGAGAUUUUAAAACAAACCAGCAAGUCUGACCUGUUUACAUAUGAAAGGACUUGGGUAAAUUGGUCUAUGUGUGGAUGGGUGCGUGUGUAGGAGCGUGUGAUGUGGGUAGCUGGCAGAGCUGCACUGUGCACCGCAUGCUGGUACUUGAUUUACAACAUGGCAUUUGCUAAUCCACUUUCUCUUCUUCCUUUAAGUGAUACUUAUCACUCAAAUAUUGCUUUUAAGCUUCCUUGGGUUUUUGUUUUAUUUUUUCAGUUGGAAUGGUAAGCAGCAGCACUUUCCUCUUUACCUUUUCAUUUACUGAUAUUCGGGGGAGCAGACUAGGCAAACCUGCCAGCCUGAAAGGAACUGUAGCUGCCCGUUCUAAGAAGUUGUUUUGUGUAGCAUGUUUGUAUCUAUACAUCGUGUAGCGUGUGUAUGGAAGCAUAUUUUACACCUACUGCUAAUUUUGUUGUAUUCGUUUUCUGAUUUAUUUUAUAGUUAGUUUUUGCUAUUUAUUAACAACAAAAUGUUGAAAAUUAUGAAUAUUCUUGGCUCUAGAAUGCUUACCACUGUUAAAACAACAACAAAAAAACUAAAUUUCUAAUUUAAUGCAAAUCUCUGUUAGCUCACUCUAGGAAAUUUAUUGAGCGAAACAAUGAAAAAACAGGUGGGAGAUAGUUACUUUGUGCAUGAUUUUCUUUAAAUGAUUUUUAACGAUAGGAAAGCAUUAUUCUGUUUGCUGUAUUUAUUGAUGAAGGAAUGCUGCAGCAUCUUCAUUUUUAGAUGUAGUUGUAGUCUACUUUGAUGGAGGUGUACUUAAAAUAGACCAUUAAGAGAUUAGAUAUUUCUUAAUGUUUUUGCAGCAUUCGAUAGGUGUAAUGGCAAUGAUGUUACCUCUCAAACCAAAUACGAUUUUAUUCUUGCUUUCACCGUAGGACCUUUUGGCUAAUCCAUGAAACCAAGCUCAGAGAAGCUUUAAUUCAUAUUUGUGUGUGUGUAUGCUGCUUCUUAAAAGAUAAUUAUUUUCCUAAGUUAUUGUAAUGACUUUGAUUUGUAAUCAGCUAAAGCUUAAGAUAUAAUUUGUUUCUCUUCUAAGUUUGCUACUGUCUUUCCUUCCUUUCUUCUUCGUAUUUAGUUCAGACCUAGAGCCAGCACAAGUUCUCACAGUGAGUUGGAUUUGUUGGUGAAACAUUGUCCUCCAUGACUAGCCAUUUGUGUACUGUCUUUCAGAAGCUAUUUCUGUUCCUCAGUAUUUGCAAAACAGUGACUGAUGUGCACUGUGUUGAGUGGGCAGUACCACCCUAGCAAUCGAUUGCCAUGAAAAAUUCCAAACUGAAUUUUAGCCUUGCUUCACAUUGGUGUAAAUGGGCAUGCACAUUCUUUUUUUUUAACUUUCUAACAGUAUAGUCUUUGGGUUUAUUUUUUUUUAGUAAUGAGCCACAUUCUUUACGUGAUAGAACUCAAAAUGUGUCCUUAGCCAGCCAAUUAUCAUUGUAGUACUCACAUUGACUAUGUAAGGUUCUCAUAAUGUAUCUGUGCAAUAUAUAAGCUAUGAGUGGAUUCAUAGCUUUUUGGUUUAAUUGUACAUUAUUGUGUGUGUACAUGUGUGUAUAUAUAUGUGUAUAUAUCUGUAAGGACCAAAAUCCUUAGCUUGCUUACACUGUUGCUAGUGUAAAGAUUAUUACACUUAAUUUUACGGGGCACAAAUUAUGGAAUUACUUCAUAAUUCAUGGUAACAUAUUUCCAUAAAUUAUUGCAUUAAUAUACAAUUACCAUUUAAUUAUGAAGUUUAUAGGUAUUGACAGAAGUUACAGUGAAGUGCUAAAAUCACAAUUUAUAUGGUAAUUAUAUUUUGGGUUGUACGAUUAAUGAAAAUAUGCAUGUCAUUGUGACACUUGUUGUGUUGAAACAUGAUAGAUAAUCAUAUUUCUGGGCCCUGUAAAAUAGUGUUACUAUAAUACUCUGUUUUGCCUCCUGCCUUGUUUACAUUAAACAAAGGAUAUUUGGUAAAUUUUUCUAUUGUACGUUGUAUAGGUUACUGACAGUGUUACCAAGGCCUGGAAAUCUCGGGCCAUCUGUGAAGAAACUCUUCAGAUGGUGAUUAUGUACCUAAUAUCUCUUCAAAGGAGGUUGUGAUCAAGUUCAACUUUUUGUGCUAACAAUGCAUGCAGGACUAAGAGGGAUGAUCUAAAAAUAAAUAACGUAAUUUAAACAAAA